UAGCUCAGCGAGCUACUUUAGCUAACCAGCAGCGCCAGGUGCGGAGAUGUUUGCAGCAGAGCAGCAGAGAGAGCUGGCGGACAGACUCACCGCGUUCCUGUCUCAGUACAGCCGCCUGUCUGACUCCUAUAUCAUUGAGUUCUUCUCCAAAGACCACUGGCACACUUUGCCCAGCUCGUGGCAGCCGGUGCUGCAGGAUCUGACGUAUGAACAGGUUGCAGACCUCCUGCUGGAUGCUACUCACAGAGACAGGAGGUACCCCUCGGCGUGGCCUCUGUCCCUGCUGGCGUUCCGGGCCACCGCCCACGCGCUGGCGUUCCCCAGAGGGCACCGGCCGCGGCCCGGCGGCCCGGCGAGGCCCGAGGAGUUUCUGGAGAACCGAAGUCAGAGCGCACUGCUGGGACACAUAUUCAGGAAACACGUCAAGCCCAAGAAGCAGCACGAGAUCCGCCGGCUGGGCUCGCUGGUGAAACAGAUUUGUGACCAGACUGACUGCAGCAGCGUGGUGGAUGUGGGCUCUGGACAGGGUCAUCUGACUCGCUUCCUGUCCUUCGGGCUCGGACUGUCCGUCACGGCGAUCGAAGCUGAUCGUGCCCUGGUUGCCACGGCGACCAAGUUUGACAAAGAGUUAAUGUUGGCCCUGGAGAAGGAAAAGCAGAAGAAGAACGGCUGCUCUCUGGUCACAGUAUCACAGCCAUCUCCCCGCCACUUGGCCGGUUGGGUAAACCCCAAAGCAUCCUGGGAGGCCUUCAUUGAGCAGCUGAGUGUUGCACAGUGUGUGGAGGAAAGCGCCCCGACUCCCCCUGGCCCCAGCAGAAAGAGGCUGCGGGGCGCUGAGCAGGCGGGACCUCCACCUCCUGACGCGGUCCACACCUCCACGGACUCGCCGGGCGGCCAACCCACACCCCCGCACCGGUCCGGGGGGGACGGGUCCGAGUCGUCUUCCGCCGCAUGCUGCCGCCCGCGGGUCCAAGCCGUCCCCCAGGAGGUCGCGGGUCCCAAAGCGGGCCGCCCGGACUUUGUCCUCACCGGUCUCCACGCCUGCGGUGACCUCAGCGCCACCCUCCUCCGCCACUUUAUCCACUGCCCGCACGUGCGCGGCAUCACCUCCGUGGCGUGCUGCUACAUGAAGAUCACCACCGAGGCGGACCCAAGCCCCCCCGGCCUCGUGGAGGAGGCGGGGGCCCAGCCGGCGGCCCGGGACGCCGCUCCAUCGGGGUUUGGCUACCCGAUGAGCUCCUGGGUGGGGGGGCUGCCAGGACACCGGCUGUCCUACAAGGCCAGGGAGGGGGCGUGUCACGCCGUGGAGGACUACGCGCGGCGCCUCCGGGCGGGGGGCGAGGCGCUGAGGACGCACUGUUACCGCGCGGCGCUCGAGACUUUCAUCGCCGACGCCAGACCGGACCUGAGGAGGGCGGGAAUCCAGACCAUCAAGGGAGCCCACCUACUGCCCUUUCCUGAGUACGCCCGGCUGGGUCUGGCUCGGGUGGGCCUGCCCCCCGGGCUGCCCCUGGACCCGGAGCGCGUGGAGGCCAUGUUGAAGCAGCAGGGCCGGGUGGUGGUCUACUUCAGCCUGGCGCUGCUGCUGGCUCCGGUGGUGGAGACGCUGGUGCUGCUGGACCGGAUGAUCUACCUGCAGGAGCAGGGGGUCGACAGCCAGCUGGUUCCACUCUUUGACCCAAACUUCUCUCCUAGAAACUUGGUGCUGGUUGCUCUGAAGUCGCAGAGUCAUUAGUCACAUUUUGAUGGAGAAAGUCAAACCUUUUUAAACAAGACACAUUUUUUUAAAUAAUCAAUGGUAACUACUGCACGUAGAGUCCACAUCGACGUCACCUGCUGGUAGAGACCUGUCAAUCAGCGUUAGGCCCCGCCCUAAAGCAUCUCCUGCUUCAUGGUCUGUUUGACUCUACAUGGACCAUCAUUCACUAGGUGAACAUCAUGCUGCAUUGAAGAAGACUUGAGACUUGCUGGUCACCACACAGAAUGCAGCUUUAACUCAUGAAGCUUUGGCUCCUUGAAGAACCCCGGGUUGCACAUGAAGCAUGAGAAUGUUUUUAAAUGUUUCAGUAUGGACCAGAUAUAUAUAUAUAUAUAUAUAUAUAUAUAUAUUAGGGCUGUCAAAUGAUUAAAAAUUUUAAUCAAAUUAAUCAGAAUUUUCAGUGGAUUAAUCAUGAUUAAUCACGCCUGAAUCCUAACCAUUUUUUCUUUCUGAAAUGCAUACUAAAGAUAAAUAACCGGACACAGAUACAUCAUUAUUAUUAUCAUCAUUAUUAUUUUUUACAUAAAUACAUGUUAUUGAUAUUUGAUUUUUUUUUUAAAUAAUCAAAAAAAUAAUGCACAAAUUAUUAUCAAAUAAUCAAAGCAAUGUUAUUUGAUAAGUCACAGACUGAUUUCCCUGCAUGGCUCUAGAAGGGUCUCGAGCCUCUGCAGUUUAUCCCACUCUGCUGUGAGUUUGUGCUCCUGAUGGUCCAGGGCUGCGAUGACCAGACAUGUCAACCCUCCCGAAAACCUCCCGGACCGACCUUUCUCCCGAUUUCCACCCGAACAACAAUAUUGCUGCACCACCCGUCACUGGGCGCGCCGUUUCAGACCGGGCAAUAAUAAAGGUUACACCUUGAAGUGGAGCGCGGCGAUUAGAACGACUGGCGCUGCAAAGAAAUCCGCCGGACCCCCAUUUCAGUGUGAAAUAUUCCCAUACCUGGGAGGAUUUAGAUCGCUACGGGGCUCUCCGAUGGUCUCUACCUCAGCGCUGCAAAGCUCUGCUGGGCGGAGCUUUUUUUCUUUUCUGUUCUGCUGCGCGAGAACCGGGGAGGGGGGAAGAGUCACUUUCCUGACCUGAAUCAUUUGUCACACUACGCAUGCGUGAAAUGCGUCAAAAAAAUUGACGUAAUUAACAACAAACAGCUAGUUA